AAAAAAUUAUGAUAACAGCAAAUACCAAACACGUGAUGCUCCAAUAACAGCAAGUAAUUUCUCAUUUAUAUGCCUCUGACUUUUCAUUCUCUAGUUCCAAUGCCUAUGCUCUAUGCUCCAUUCAAAAGCAUUCCGCUCUUUAGCACCCACUUGUAAAUUCUUCAUAUUUCCAAAGUUUGUCAACACUUCAACUUAAUUUCAGUGUUUCCUUCAACUUCAACCAUGGCCAUUGUGAAUACUCUGCUUGUAACAGCCAAUGUGGCAUUCUUCUAUGCAAUUCUGAUAUGGCUGCUUCUUCACACUUUGAGACAAAGCAAGUUUCUCCAACAAGGACCAAAAUUCUUCUCCAUUAUCACUCUCCUAUUCAAUUUCAUUCUUACCCUUUUAACUAUAGCUUUUGCAGUUCAUGAAUAUAGGACUAAUAAAAUAGUGAGAUAUAGUUCUGUUACAUCUGCUCUAACAUGGGUUAUGGCAAGCUUGGUUUCAUUCUAUUCAAUGAAGAAGACAACAAGAGACAACAAAAGAUUCCCUUUUGUUCUGGUUCUCUGGUGGGUCUGGACCAGUAUCAUAGAGGCAAUCUCAGUUUGUAUUGGACUAAUGAAGAACAACUUUAAAUAUUUGGACUUCUGGAAUUUCUUGUCAGAGGAUGAUAACAUAGUUGGUGUGGUUUCCUUGCCUAUGUUGUUGCUUUUGUGUUUGAAUUUAUGUGCAAGAGAAGAACAACACAACACUGACAUGUAGGGGUUAUUUUCCCCAUUUUUUUUGAAUAUGCAAAAAGCAAAAUACAUAAAAUAAGAGAAGUCAUAAAUUUGUUACUAACCAAUUAGUACAAUUGAAAGACUUACUGCAGAGUAUCUAUUUACAUUGCAAUAUAUUUAAGUUAACGAAGCUGAAUAUUCAUUGAAGAGUUUAUUGAUGAAUUAAAUGAAUGAACGAAAAAAAUUCUUCAAUCCUGUUUAAAAAAAAAAUGAAUGAGUAAUUAGUCUCUCCCCCGAAUGGAUACAAGAGCCUCUAUAUUUACUAUCAUAUUAGUCAAUUUAUUUCUCAUGAUUCAUAGCAUGCAACAAAUUAAAGUGCUUUUCCUUUUAGUUUCUUUUUAUUCUUUAAACUUUUUGUUUAAUUAGAUUUCUUUCACCUCUAGGCAUCAAAACACGAAAAGGCAUCAAAACCUCUAACUUUCUUUCAAUUUUUUCUUCGUUUAUCUGCUACCAUAAAUUAUAAUAGUAAAUGAAUAGCAUAAUAUUUUUGAAGUUAAAAAUCAAAAUUAGCUUAUAGAAGAUCCUCAAUUCAAAAUUAAAUCUAACUUUUACAUAAGAGUAAAAUUCUAUUAAUAUUUAAAAAAUUGUACAGCACGAUUGUUUCAGAUUGAUGAAGAUUGCUUUAUCUUUAUUCAACAACAACUAAGAAUUUAUAAUUUAAAAAAUUGAACAGAAAAUAAAACAAUUAACACUUUAACAUAUAACAUUUCCCAAAAAUUACAUACUAACCUAAAUGAGUGACCGGAGAAGACGACCCUGGAGCCUGGAGGAAGCUGGGUGCUGGAUAGGGAACAGCUGACUGAAGACGAAGCUGGCUGCUGGAGAGGGAACCGGGAACAACGAUGCUGACAGAGAUACCAACUGAGACGCCAACGAUGGAGAGAAAGUUGGUUGCUGCGUCGCUGCCGCUACCAGGAAGACGAUGGAGAAGACGAUGCACCAGAUGGUCCCACGGACGAGGUGGAGAAGACGAUGAAGAUUGGAGAAGCUGGUUGCAUGGUAGGAGGAAGCUCUGCCUCUGCUAGGGUUUCUGUCAUGGCACAGCUCUUGGUUCACCCUGGAGAAGAAGAAGAUGAUGAUGAUGAUGAUGAUGGAGAGAACUUCACAACUGCAGGCAUUUGGAGCCAACUCACAUUUCGAUGGCUGAAUCCCAUUUUUAGAAAGGGUCGAGUUCAGAAGCUUGAGCUUGCUCACAUUCCUGAAGUUCCUCAUUCUGAAACUGCAGAAAAUGCUUCUUCCUUAUUAGAAGAAUCGCUUGGCAAACAGAAACUUGAAGGGAAUUCCUUGACUAAAGCUAUAACCAGUUCUGUGUGGAAGUCCUUGACUUUUAAAUGCAGUUUUUGCCGGGGUUAAUACAAUUGCAUCCUAUAUGGGGUCCAUUGUUGAUUACAUACUUUGUGAAUUUAUUGGUGGAUGAUAAUUCCAAUUCAAGCAUCCAAUGCGGCCUCAUUCUUGCAUUCAUAUUCUUCCUCUCAAAGACAUUGGAGUCACUGAGCCAAAGACAACGGUACU